CACGGUACGGCUGUGGACGCCACAGCAAGCCAUAAAAAAAAAUCCCAUGACCGCGAAAGAAAAAGCUGGGCCAGAUUAUCGCAGCUGUCGCAGUAAUUACUCCACAAUUCCGAGAGCUUAAUUAGCUUUGUGCUGCUCCGAUGGCCGCUCUUCUUCCUUAUUCAUCAUGCUUCCCUCGGAUGGGAUCGGCCUCUUCGCCGCCUCCUUAUCCUAUCGGUUUCUUCUACGGAGUCUCCGAUUGGUCAAAAUUCGGCGGUUACGUCUCCGGUGGAGUCGCGUUGGAGAAGAAGAAGGCACCGACUGGAAGGCAGAGCGUCGCUAGGGUUCCUCCUGUUUGUAGAGCGGCGGCUCCUUCCUCCUCCAACGUGUUUCGCGACCUCGACGCCGACGAUUUCAGGCAUCCUCUCGAUAAACAGAACACGUUGUUGUUGAGAGCGAUUCCAGGAUUGAAUGAAAUCGGCAAGGCCUUAUUAGGAAGCUUAUCCGAGCAAAUUAUGCUUCUCGAGAAUAUCGGAACUUCAGUUCUCGUCUCAGAAAACCAGCUUCCAGAACUUUAUCUGCUGAUGACGGAGGCUGCAUCGAUACUAAACAUCAAGUCUCCUCCUGAUCUUUAUGUCCGGCAGAGCCCCGUACCAAACGCCUAUACUCUAGCUAUAAGUGGGAAAAGGCCAUUUGUUGUUGUGCACACUAGCCUAGUGGAGCUCCUAACAAGAAAAGAGUUGCAGGCUGUUUUGGCUCAUGAGUUGGGACAUCUGAAGUGCGACCAUGGCGUGUGGCUCACAUUCGCAAAUAUCCUCAUGCUUGGAGCUUAUACUGUACCUGGAAUUGGUGGCAUGAUAGCUCAAAGCUUAGAAGAACAGUUGUUCCGUUGGAUUCGUUCAGCUGAGCUGACAUGUGAUCGUGCAGCGCUUCUUGUUGCUCAAGACCCCAAGGUUGUCAUCUCACUGCUGAUGAAACUAUGCGGGGGAAGCCCAUCGCUCGCUGAUCAACUCAAUGUUGACGCCUUUUUGGAACAAGCUCGAUCUUAUGACCGAGCAUCAUCCAGCCCAAUGGGAUGGUACAUAAGAAAUGCUCAGACGAGGCAACUUUCACAUCCACUGCCUGUUCUACGCGCUCGCGAGAUCGAUGAAUGGUCGAGAAGCCCAGAGUAUAAAAAGCUUCUGAAUCGUGCUAAUGGGGCGAACAUUGUAAAGAAGGUAUAGCUUAGACAUGAAGAGCGCUGGAUUCCAUAUUAACUUGUACAGGUCUCCGCUCACUAUACUGUAGCCGUUGCAUGAGAGGGUGUGAAGGAUUAAGAUUAGAGUACUGUAUUGUAGUAUAGUAUAUACAACUGUAGAGCAUAAAGUGUCAUAUUGUUUCUGUUGUUUAUCUGGUAGCUUCUGGUCAUUAUAUGAGUGUAUAUCCAAAACAAUUCAUAGAUAUUUAUAAAAAAACCAAUUCGUGGAUAAAGUAUGAUCCAAAACUGAUAAACUGUCAUCUAACUAACUCUGUCGGUCAAUAGCAGAACAUUAUCUAGAAAGAACAAGGUUGUCUCCCGUAGAACUAACAGUAAGCCUAAUCUUAAA